CCCUAAGCCAACCAAAAAGAAAACUCAGGUGUAUGUCGUUACUAUUCACCGAAAGACGGAAUUUGGUGUCGAAAAGUCUACGUAUCCAUAUUGGAGUUGGAAACCCUGCAUCACGUGCCAACAUGAGAGACCUCCCAGGGUGCACCACUGUCACGUGUGCAGAACCUGUAUACUCAAGCGUGACCACCAUUGCUUUUUCACCGGCACUUGCAUCGGGCUCAACAAUCAACGCCAUUUUGUGGUAUUUGUAUGGUGGACGGCAAUAGCAACGACAUUCUCUCUGGUACAUGGCAUAGCCUACUGUUACUGGUAUUUUCUGGCAGAUUCCUGGUGCAUGGACGUUAUCUUACCCGUGACCGUCUUCCGUUGCAUUAUGGGUUAUGACGUAUCGUACUUCAAAUGUCUCCUCGUCGCGAUUGGUUACUCCUUGCUAUGGUUCUGUCCAAUCUGUUGGAAGUUCGUGUUCGACCAAUUUUACACAAUUAGCAAUGGAAUUACAACGUUUGAGCUGGGUAACGAAAUCAAGGUGGUCAAUACAAACAGUUGUAGGAGGAACAUAAGAGGGGUCUUCGGCAAUUAUUGGAUUAUCAAUUUCAUCAUUCCAUUACAUUUGAUCUUCAAGCCGCACGAUUCUGGUGUGUACUGGCACGGAGUCAGUGCUUGAAAGACAACAAUUUGAACCUGACAAGAGUAACAGUCAGUCAUGCAGUGAAACAUAACCAGAACGCAUCGCUUCAAAAAUAUCUAUGAUAAUAUUAGUUUCCAAUUACUCUUUGAAAAGUUCCCACUCGUCUCAAUAACAGUGGGUUUGAGAACAAAAAUAAAAUUAAAAUGAUUUUAAUUUUUUAUUCAGAAUAUUACUUUCACACUUUCUGGGCAUACCCUGUAAUACCCUUUUUCAAACUGUAUUUCUUCAUAAAUAAAAAUAAAGAAUCGAGUAUGGUACAUGGCAAGUAAUUUUAGACAGUAAUUUUGACGAUCUUCUCAUAUAUAUUUCUUAUUAGAAUAAUUGUUUCCCACCAAGUAAAGUUCCGUGGAUAGUAAAAUUAUCGAUCGGAAUCUCCGAAAAGGUGGAUUAGGACCCUACCUAUAUUUUUCAAAGUGAUUUUAUUUUCUAAAAAUAACAUCCUUUUUUAUUACAUAAAUAGUUUAAUAGCAAGAUUAUUACUAAUUGAUUAAAUACAAUUAAACAUUAUUAUGUCCAAAAAUGGAGGCGAAAUAAAUAUUAAAUCUUACAAGGCAUUAACAUGCAAAAUGUUACCACCUGCCAUUUGUUACAGACGUCAAACGCCGAACACAGUCCACAAAAAGGUUGGAGACUGUCAUUACUUGUAGUGGUGAUAUAAACAUGAUACUAUAGAUUAUAUAUUCACUUUACUGACCAGUGCGAUUUAAGAAACUGUUGACAUGAGACGAUAUGAGAGAAAUUAAGAUCCUUUUUAGAAAAUAAAUCCGACAUUUUGACAAGUGUCCGGAGAUUCUAAACAUUGGAUUUUGGAGAGUUGGUAUUUUUCUAUCCUGUUAAUUUUCCUAUACACGAAGAAAACAUAUUAUUUCAAAAAUGAAAACUGUUACAGAGUGAGACGCCGAACGCCGAUCACAAAAAACGGUGGCUAUAACAUUAAUCACACUUUAACCUAGAAUGGCCAAAAUCUUAUCAGAAGUUGAUACUGCUUUGUAGAAAUUCCAAGUUGAGCAGAUAGACGAUUUUCCUUGAAUUUUGAUGACAAGAUUUAUAUGGCGACGCCAGUCCAUACACUGCAUGCAAGCAGGACCGCCCGCCCGACAAUAUAGCACUUUCUCAAAGAGCGAUAAAAACAUGCUAAAUCAGCCAAGCAUUCCAGAGUAAGAGUUUUUAGUUCUGUUAUGAUCAGAAAAUAUGGAAAAGAUCAAGUUCCAUAAAAUUGGUUCACACAUGAGACUGAAACUAUUUCAGUGGAU